CGCAUGCGUGGUAAAGUGGCAAGUGGUAAACUUUGUUUCGAGAUAGAGGGGGAAAAGAAGGUAAACGACGAAUUUAGGAGAGGUAGACCGUGUAUUUGAUGUUUCAAAACAUUACCGUAAGCCUUUAAUCAGCAAAACGCAAAAAUGAGUGUUCAUUGAAGUAUCCCAACCUUGUUAAGAAAGAAAAGCCCAAGAAAAGUACACCGAUUCAGGGGAAGUCCCCAGGAAAUCCCCUAAAACGAUGGAAUAAUUAUUGUGAAUGCACCCUGCUUGUACACAGUUGACCUUCUAGCUUGUUGGAGGAUUUAUGCUCUUUAGCCCACGACAACCUACAUCGUUUAUCAAACCCACGAAGAAUUAAAACGUCCGAUUCUGAUGGAAUAGUGGACAGUGACAAUACAGCUAGCUGUCAUCGAGGAGGUUCUGAUUUCGGACUACAACUAAAAUAAUUUGCAAUGGAAAAUUUCAAGGAGGAAAACGAGAAAACCAAACUUCAGAGUUAUACUACUUUAAAUACUUUUUAUCACGAAACACGUCAGGAGAUUGCUUCUCUUAAACAACAAAUGGGCACGAAGGACAAUGUUAUUGCAGACCUGAAGUCAAGACUGGGAAGAUACGAGAAAACAACCGUUCACUUGGAAGGAGAAGAGCCUCUUGUGUUUGGGCCCUCUAAAUCUUUAUUCGAGAAUUUGUGCAAGGAAAUCGCCAAACAUAAACAGAUAUUAAAAGACGCGGAGACGCAGUCUGCUCAGCAAACGGAGGCAUAUCAACUAGAGAUCCAGCAGCUGCAGCAGUUGGUGCGGGAGAAGGAUCAGGAGAUCGGCCGCAUCACCCGCUGGCCGCAGCGGGAGAAGGAUCUGGAGAUCCAGCGGCUGGAGCGAUCACUGGCGGAGAAGGAGCGCGAUCAGGCCACCAGGGUGGUGUUCUGCAGCUCACUGGCCGAUGAGGCUGACCAGCUCCGGGCCCAGCUGGGGGCCACGGUGGGUGUGUGCCAGGAGCUGCUUCGGAGGCUGGAGGCAAAGAAACAGGAGGGAGAUUCAGAGGACAGCCACGCUCACUCACAGCAGAACACAGAGUCUGCAGAACCUGCCCAUCUGAACACCUUGAUCUGUGAACUACAAGAGAAAAACAAAGUGCUGAAACAGAGAGUGGCUUAUGUGGAGAGCCUUAACGCCAAGUGGCAGAAGUACGACUCGGGCAGGGAGGAGUACGUUAAGGGCCUGUGCCAGAGGCUGAAGAGCCAGAGUACCCUGGGGCCAGCCAGCUCUGGCCUGCUGCAGGAGAUCAACAGGCUGAACCGGCAGCUGGAGGACAAGAUGGCCGAGUGCACCCAGACAGGCAGGGAGCUGGACGCCGUCAGGAAGAGGGACAGAGAGCACAUCCUGAUGCUGGAGCACCAGGCCCGCACCUAUGUGGACGACUUCAAGAGCGAGCGUGCGGAUCGGGAGCGAGCACAGAGCCGGAUUCAGGACCUGGAGGAGGAAGUGAUGCGACUAAAGCUGCAAAUCCGCUCACAGAACGCUAAAGAGACGACGGGCACCUGUCGGGCUCACACCUCGUGCCAGAAAACUCGUCCUCAGAAAGAAGCCCCCGUCACCGCGGCUACCGAACCGUUGCCGAGGAAGGGCUCCGAGCAGCCGGGGAAGAAGCGAGCGAGCGGUCUACCCGCGCUGAGGUCCGCUAGGACAGAAUGCGCCGGAAUGACCGAUCUGCAGUGUCCUCGGUGUUUAGCGGCUUACGGCGAGGAUCAGACCACGGCCUUCCUGCAGCACUGCUCAGAGUGCGCCAACUUGUGACCACACGCAAGCAGUGAAAGACUGGCCCAGAACCAAGCAGGACCUGUGAGCUGUGAUGUAAAGCACUACAUAUCCGAAGCCGUGAAAGACUGUGAAGACCAUGAGGCCUGGACCUGGCUGUUCUGCAUAUAGACUUACUGUAGGCAAAGGUUUCUGAAGCUACCCGUGUUCAGAAAUGUAGCUUCCUACUUAAUUUAUUUACAUGGAAAUAAUUGAAAAUUUGUUUGUGAAAAUACAGCGCUUGCUGUUUUCAUGUUCAAAUUAUACACGUUUUCAGAAUACUUUUCUAUUUAAUUCCUUUAUUUAUAAUAUGCUUUUGGAUUUUAGAAUUUCUGAGACACUUUCUAGGUGUCUUUUUUGCAAAGUUUUUUUUUUUUUUUUUUUUCAGGUUCAGCUUCAAACUCAAAAUGUAAUCACACAUGCAACAGCGCCUUAUUUGGUGAUGAAAUACAGUGAACUCUGUGCAUAUUAGUCAUAAGUUAAUAAAGUUUCACAAAGUUAAACAGCAGUAUGGUCCCCUUGGCCCCCUCUGGUGCGGUACAUACUCAUCAGACAUUUCCAGGCUACUGCUGAGUGUGUAUUUUCAUGCACACUGAGAACCUGGCAGUGCCCAAAGUCAACUUUUAAUCCUUCAUAUGGACCUAUUCUAUAAUUCAGCAGACUGAAAAAAAACCUGUGCAGACAAACCUGUAUUCUGUUUGUAAAUGGAGAGUGUAUUUAUUGCUUUUAAAAAUGUACCAACUAUUUUAAUGGGUUUUUUUUUUUUGUCUUUAUCUCUUAAUGGUGCUAUUUAUGGUUAUGGUGUAGAUCAGGUAUGUGUCCUCUUUUACAUCUGUAAAGCUACAUGUUAAUUUAUGUUUCCUACAACCAGUAUUUAACAGGUUCCGAUUGCCUUCUUGUUGAUGCAGGCACUUGUAGUUGGACAUUUUGCCUAAGUGCCUUGCAUUUAAAUGUUAUCUGAAAGACUGAAAGAUAUUUAUCAUUUGUAAUGUAUGACAGUGUUAUGUUGACAUAAAUUUAAAUGCAGUUACCUUUUCACUUUGCACUUUGUCCUCCUGUAAAUGGCAUCGAUGAUCUUAAUUAUUACUGCUGUACUUCUAUUUGCAUUUUAAAAUACGGUGACAAUAAAAAAAGUAUUUUUCUAAUGAA